AAAGCAAAAGCAAAUAGUCAUAUAGACCAGCCCGCCUUUCGUUAUAUUAUGAUAUUGAGAAUUUCUGAAGAUAGGGAAUGACCAAUCAGAAACUUCAGUGUCUCCACGUGUCAUCCAAUUAAAUCACUUGAUUCUUGUCCGAAAGAAGGGAAAAAAUAUUGUGGAUAACAAGAAUUUGUCAACAAAAAUCUUUGCUUUACAACGAAAGGGUAUUUCAAUCGAGAAAUAGAGAAAGUAGAGGGUGAAGGAAGAGGAACGCAAAAGUCGGAACCAAAACCUAUACAAAGGCAUUAUUUGAUCAGCUAAUCCCAAAUGGCAGCGGUGGCAGCUUCCACUUCCACGUCGGCGUCCGCCGCCUUGAUGUACCGUCUCACCACCACCAAAUCCACCCACUGCUCCGCCUUGCCUCAUCUCCCUCCCCGUUUCUCUGCACCAGCCUUUUCCACUUCAUUCAAGCACUUUUCAGAGUCGAAGAGGUCUUCUCUACGUCGGAUGAAAGCUUCUUCAUCAGAUGAGACAUCUUCCCCUGUCGAUGCUAAUGAGUUAUUUACAGACAUAAAAGAAAAGUGGGACGCUGUUGAAAACAAGUCGACUGUACUUAUUUAUGGAGGUGGUGCAAUUGUCGCUGUGUGGCUAGCUUCCGUUGUAGUUGGUGCAAUAAACUCAGUUCCUUUGCUUCCAAAAAUCAUGGAACUGGUCGGGCUUGGAUACACCGGGUGGUUUGUGUACCGUUACCUUCUUUUCAAGUCUAGUAGAAAAGAACUGGCAACAGAUAUUGAAGCAAUAAAGAAGAAGAUUGCUGGAACUGCUGAAUAAUUUUCUUGCAUUCUGGUGCAGAUUUCGUUCUCCAGUCGUCCCAACCUUGGACCAAACUUAUUUACAUAUUCUGUAGAUCUUCUUGUGAUGUAGAAUAGGUGUAUGCAUUUCCAUCGCGUUCACUCCUUUCAUCUCUGAAUAAUGCAUUCAUGCAUGCUAUAAAGUUGAUCGUGUUCAUGAUUAUAUUCUCGUUUAUCAGCAAUUCAGAAUUUUGCAUUACACUA